GGGGGGGGGGGGGGCUUCUCUUCUUGCUGAGGGCACAUUCCACUCCGUGAUGGGUGCUGCAGCUUGUGUCCCACACAGUGAUGCCAUCCUUGUACUUCUCUCCUAGGGACAUAGGAAGCUGCCCUAUACGGAGUCAGACCACUGGUCCAUCUAGCCCAGUAUUGUCUUCACAGACUGGCAGCAGCUUCUCCAAGGUUGCAGGCAGGAAUCUUAGUCUCAGUCCUCUCUUGGAGAUGCUGCUGCCAGGGAAGGAACUUGGAACCUUCUGCCGCUCUUCCCAGAGCAGCUCCAUCCCCUCGGGGGGGGGGAUAUCUUACAGUGCUCACACUUCUCAUCUCCCAUUCAGAUGCAACCAGGGCAGACCCUGCUUCGCUAAGGGGACAAGUCCUGCUUGCUAGCACCAGACCAGCUCUCCUCUCCUCUCCUCUCCUCACCCCACCCAUACAUUGGAGAGUCACUUCAAUUUCAUGGCCAAGCGCUUCUAAGAUGCCUUCUUUGACCAUAAGCUAAUUCAGGGAGGCUGUUUUCAUGAGCAGCUAAACCCGGGCUUGGCUGCCUGUGAGAACCAGCGGGAGCCGAAUGGCUCGCGUCUGCAACCCCCCCUCGGGAGCCCACCUCUCCAACGAGAAUAAGGGAGUGAGCCCUCCCUUAACCACGUUUACUUAUGGUGUGCCAGCACCGGCUGCGGGCGCUGGCGGGCGCCUGCCCGUGGCUGGGGGGAUCUCCACCAGGCACCACACAUUGGCGCAGUGCAUGGUGGGAUUUCUGGGGGCCGGGGUGAUUCGCUGGCAGGGGCAACAGCGGAGCGUCUGGGCGUGCUAUCUGCCCGCCCAGCAACAUCUUGGUGAUCGUCUGCGGGGAAGGCGAGGUCAUGCAGCCUCCCUCCCUCCCGUCCCCGCAAACGGUCGUGUGAAUGGGCCCGGUGCGCUGCCCGGCUUGUCCACCUCUCGUUCCUUUCUUGGGUCAAGGUGCUCACCAGUGGCGUGGUUGUGAGUGCACGAGGUGCUGCCUCUCCAUGGCAAGUUCCCGGCCAGGCCCACCCCUCGUGCCCAUUGCUGCUGCUGCUGCUGCUCUGGAUUUCUGUCUUUCCAGAGAAUCCGCCUUCUGUGGUCAAGUUCCCAGAUUGUCAGCACCGAAUAUUUUGCUGAAAUUCAUUGAGCACCACAGAAUUUGCUGUAGUUGCAGGUCAUCACUGUGGACUCAACCAUCUCAUAACUGGUGGUUGCCAUAGUGAUGGACACGUUCACGGAUGUGGACCUGCUGAGCGAGGUGCUGGGUGCAGCGGCCCGGAGAGUCCCUGUCUACAUCCUGCUGGACGCGAUGAACGCCCAACUCUUCUUGGACAUGGCUGCCAAGUGCAGAGUGGACCUCAACUACGUGGAGUUCCUGCGGGUGCGGACAGUGUCCGGCCCCACCUACUUCUGCCGCACAGGCAUGUCCUUCAAGGGGCACCUGAAGGAGACGUUCCUGCUGGUGGACUGCAUGGUGGUGCUGAGUGGCAGCUACAGCUUCAUGUGGUCCUUUGAGAAGAUCCACCGGAGCAUCGCCCAUAUCUUCCAGGGGGAGCUGGUGGCCAGCUUUGAUGAGGAGUUCCGCAUCCUUUUUGCACAGUCGGACCCCCUGGUCCCUCCCGCCAAUGUCUUGGUGAAGGCAGAGGCCUCCCUGGGGCCCUUCGGCAUGGGGCCCUUUGGCAACCACUUGCCCUUCUUCCCCCCCAAACCACCCCACAUGCUGUUUCCUCGUGAGGAUCACCUUUUCUCACCAUUUGUGGACAGAGUGGAUCCGGACAGGCACUUCCUGUCUUCUUUCCGAAGAGACGACUUGAUGUGCCACACCUUGGAGGGUCCGGCCAUGCGGAUGUAUUCCAAGAAGAUGGAAAUGGAGAACUCCCAGAUGGACCCUGUCCGGGGCUUUCUCCGCUCCAAGCAGCUGGAGAUGGAUUCCUUUAAAAGGCACAGCUUUGCAGAAGGAACCUUUGAGAACUUUGCUUCUUCAAAGCAGUUUUCCAGGCAGAUGUUCAUGAACAAUUUGGAUGAAUUUAAAAUCCAGUCCAGCCAUUUUCAGAAGGACCAAUUUUAUCAAUAUCAGUUUGAACACCCACAUGGUGCUAACAGGCCUCAGGGGCUCUUUGAAAGAAUCCGAGGUGGGAGGCUGGGAAUCAACGAGCCAGAGGACUGUGUGGAUGGCUUCAGGUAUCCAGAACUGGAGUCCCAUUUUCCCCGGGAAGGCCACCCACUGCGGCUGGAUUAUGUGCCUUCUCAUUCUUCCAAGGAGGUGAGGCAUGGUUCAGACCAGGUGAAUCCAGGAGGGAAUGGACUUCUGGGGCUCUCGUCCCUCAGAAGGCAAAACAUGGGACAGAAGUUUAUGUGCCAGACAUCCCCAACACAGAAGCAGAGCCUGGAGCAAAAGAUGUUCCUGCAGGACCAUGACCAGGAGGCAGGUCAAGGCAAGAAAGUGCAGGAGAACAGGGCAGGCUUGCGUAACUGGAGGGUGUCAUCGUACCUGAGUGGGUGCCCGUCUGAGCCAGGGGAGGAAAGCCUCCCAGUGCCAAUGGAGCCAGAUGCCUAUAAUGAGGGGCUUGGUCCUCCAGAGCCUCUCACCAGGUACCCUAGUGACCUCAUCCCUUCAUUCAGACCCUCACCACCACUUGUAAGUGCUAAAGAGAUUGCUGGAGUUGAGAGGCCAGGUGAGGAGAUGCCUUCAGGGAAGCUGGAUUCCUUCAGGAGCAGGAUCAAUCCCUUGAUCCAGAGGAGCUCCCGUCUCAGGUCUUCGCUUAUUUUCAGUGCAGCCAAGUUAGACCAGCAAAACCCGUCAACCGAGAGAGUCCAGCUGAUCCAUAAAGAGCAGACUUCCAGUGAGACAACAAAAGAGAACGAAACAGUCAAGACCUCAUCCACCUCGAAAGUAGCUGAGUUGCUAGAGAAGUACAGGACUGUGGGCAAAGACUCGGAAAGUACAACCGUCAGUCAGACAAAGGCCAUGUCUGCUUUUCUCCAGGAGGAGUCGCAGAACGCAGAGAAGAAAUGCACCAAGUCCGUGCAGUACAAGAUUCUGGAGAGCCGAGUGCUGGACUCCAAAGACGCCUUCAGUGAUUAUAAGCCGCACCCAGAGCCAGAUGGGCACGUGGGGGUGUCCCCCUCAGCCGGCCAGCUCACAGAUGCUCUUGGCAAAGAUGCCAUCGCGCAGGUUAGCAGUAAGAUGGACAAGCUCUCUUCUCGGUUCUACCCAACAGACAACAUGCCCAGCCUUCCAGAGAAGGAGAGCCUCAUAUUUGUUGGAGAAACACAGAAACUUGCUCUUCCAGAAAGGAAGGAGAAACUCUUGUUCAAAGGAGAUGCACAGAAUCCAGCCGGGACAGAAUUCAAGACAUUGGCACAAGCACAGACUAGCGCCCCCUCAUCCCUUGAAAGUCCUUCCAAGACCCAGGGCUCUUACGACAGCUCUCUCAAUAAGCCAGAGGAAGAAGUCUGUAAGCAGGAGCAGAGUCCUCGAGAGAUUUUUAGGAAGGGAUCCCUGAGGCUGAAGCAGCUGUUGAGCCCCAAAGGAGAGAAGAGGCCUGAAGAAGAAACCGCCCCUGACAGCUGGAAGUCAGACAAGCAGAGUGUGGUUGGCCUCAAGCGAUUGUCUCAGGGCGAAUACCAAGAACCCAUCGCGGAGGAGAAGUCUCCAAAGCCGGCCUCACUCCUCAAGGGGACUCCGGCGCUUCCGCCUCGGUUUCCCUCGUCUGCAGCCAACGUCCUCUACAGUAGCAACCUCCGGGACGACACGAAGGUCAUUCUGGAACAAAUUUCUGCCAACAGUCAGAAGAACCGAGCUGAGCUGGCCAGGCAGAUCCCAGUGGGGAGCAACCCUGAGCUGUCCAAGUCCACCACCAGCCUGGACCGCAAAGGUGAAGAGAGAAGCACAGGGGUCAUCAGGUCAGAGAGCUUUGGCAGUCACAAGCACAACCCUCCCAGGGAGCCUUCUGAAGACCGCGACUCUCUUCUGAAAAGGAUGGAGAGCAUGCGGAAAGAGAAGCGGGUCUACAGCCGCUUUGAGGUCUUCUGCAAAAAUGAUGAGCCAGGCGUGGAGGAAUGUGAGCCGGACGCCAAAGACAAGAAGAUGGGCAAGUUCAUGCCCAAACUCCUGGGCCAGUUCAAAGCCAAGAAGUGACCGUCCAGCUGCUGCCCACCCUUCCGCCUGCCUGGGACAGAGGUUGAUGUGGAGGGCCUGCUCAACAGGCUGGGCUGGUGGCUGGGUGGCAGGGGAACUGCAGGCCACCUGAAGUGUGACUCAUGACCCUGACAUGCUGUGGUGGGAAUAAACUGUGCAGUAGGAGGCACAGUUCCCAAAUAGGUUUCCGCUUGCUUGGGAGAGUCCCAGCACCAUCUCCUCAGAGCAGCUGUUGCGACAACGGGUGGGAAAACCCCCUCUCUGCUCAUCUGGCAGGAAGGGGCCUGGGGCUGCUGCUUCCAGGUUACACUCCAGCCUCCAGUGCCCCCACCCCCCGAAAGGUGACUGCACUCAUUCAGCCUUGACCAGCACUGACCCCUCCGGCCCCACUGAAACCAGGUCUUUUCCUUGGGGCCUGUGCAGCUGCCUUCUCCGGAGUCCGACCCUUUCGCAGUUGUCGAGGUCAGUCUUGGCUCCACUGACUGGCAGCGGCUCUCCAAGGGAUGCUGCCAGGAGCUGAGCCCGGCUUCUUCCGCCUGCAGAGCGGGGGCUGCUCUCCCACUGAACUGCACCCCACCUUCCACCACGUACUCCCCCCGGGGGUGGUGGUGGAUUUGUUUGCCCUGCGUGAGGCCGAGGCAACUGGGAGGCGACCCCAAGCGGCUCUGCGUGGGGCACGGUGGCGGCAGCACUGGGAGGUCCAGAUCAGCCGAGCCGCCCUCAGCCUCCUCCCACUGCAGCUUCCAGCAGCCCGUCAGGCCCAACAAGGCCCAGGAUGGGAGGAAAGGGAAAGGCGGGAGCAGCAGGCAGGGAGACAUGACGGAGGUCUAUAAAAUCAUGCAUGGUGUGGAGAACGUGGAGAGAGAGAAAUUCUUCUCCCUCUCCCAUCACACUAGAACCAGGGGUCAUCCCAUGAAAUUGAUGGCCAGGAGGUCUAGGACCAACAGACGGAAGUACUUUUUCACACAAGGCAUGAUCCACUUGUGGAACUCUCUGCCACAAGAUGUGGUGACAGCCAACAACCUGGAUGGCUUUAAGAGGGGCUUGGAUAACUUCAUGGAGGAGAGGUCGAUCAACGGCUACUAGUCGGAGGGCUGUGGGCCACCUCCAGCCUCAAAGGCAGGAUGCCUCUGAGUCCCAGUUGCAGGGGAGUCACAGCAGGAGGGAGGGCAGGCCCCUUUCCACUCCUGCCUUUGGGCUUCUCACGGGUAUCUGGUGGGCCACUGUGCGAAACAGGAUGCUGGAUGAGAUGGGCCUCCUUGGGCCUGAUCCAGCAGGGCUGUUCUUGUGUUCUUAACGGCUGCACUCUGCAGAAGAGGGGCCAUCGCUGUAGCAUCGCGGCUGCUCCCCCCACCCUUCUCUUUGUCGCCCACCUGCUACGGUAGCUUGCCUAAUUCUCACUGAGAUGGUCAACUGUGCCCGGAUUGUACCAUUUUGGGAGUGGGGGGAGGGGGGUAGGCUCACAUGACAAUGGAAUGUUCCUCCAUACAAAAACAUGCCCUAGGUGUUGAGCAGAGGGGUGGUUGUUUAAGUUGCAUUCUCCAGACAGGACGUGUGUUUGCCUGAAGGUGCAUCCAGUGCCGUGAGCCCAGGCCCAGGCCCUGGGGUGGUACCUUGGUCAGCCCUGGGCCUCAGCCACGGAGCCUGGACACUGCCUGCCCCACCCUCCAGCCCUCAGGGCAGGGGCCAGCAGGAUCCCUACGCCCUGCUUCCCGCUGAUGCUGCUGCACGAUCCAGGCGCCAUGCCUCAAGGGACGGCUGGAGGCGCUCCUCCGGGAGCAGGGCCUGGGGGCUGCCAGUGGCAACACCUCGCAGGCAGAGGCUGGGAGCAGGAAGCCCGGGAGGGGCCAAGGGGGAGGGAGGGGCCACCUGAGCAAACCUGCAGUGGGGGGGGGGUCUCCUUUCUUGCUCAAGUAAAAUGCACCAGUGCGGCCGAGGACUGCUAAUUCUGCACUAAGAUAAAUCACAAAUGCUGUGAUGGGAAUAAACGUUGCAAUUCUUUGUA